GUGUCGCCACGGCCCCUUGGGUAAAUGUGUGCACUGUGUACCACUGGAGCCUUUUGAUGAGGAUUAUCUAAACCAUCUGGAACCUCCUGUGAAGCAUAUGUCCUUCCAUGCCUACAUCAGGAAGCUGACCGGAGGGGCGGACAAGGGGAAGUUUGUUGCCUUGGAAAACAUCAGCUGCAAGAUCAAAUCGGGCUGCGAAGGGCACCCUCCUUGGCCAGAGGGCAUCUGUACCAAGUGCCAGCCAAGCGCCAUCACUCUCAAUAGGCAGAAAUACAGGCAUGUUGACAACAUCAUGUUUGAGAACCACACAAUUGCAGAUCGCUUCCUAGACUUCUGGCGGAAGACAGGAAACCAACACCUGGGCUAUCUGUACGGCCGCUACACCGAGCACAAAGACAUCCCCCUGGGCAUCCGCGCGGAGGUUGCUGCCAUCUAUGAACCCCCACAGAUCGGUACGCAGAACAGCCUGGAGAUCCUGGACGAUCCCAAAGCCGAGGUCGUGGAUGAGAUCGCUGCAAAGCUUGGCCUGAGAAAGGUUGGCUGGAUAUUUACUGAUCUGGUCUCUGAAGACACGCGGAAAGGGACCGUUCGAUACAGCCGAAACAAGGACACGUAUUAUCUGAGUGCAGAAGAGUGCAUAACAGCUGGGAACUUUCAGAACCAGCAGCCCAACAUCUGUCGCCUCUCUCCAGAUGGUCAUUUCGGAUCCAAGUUUGUCACAGUUGUGGCUACAGGCGGCCCCGACAACCAGGUCCACUUCGAGGGCUACCAGGUAUCGAAUCAGUGCAUGGCGCUGGUUCGAGACGAGUGUUUGCUGCCCUGCCGAGACGCGCCGGAGCUGGGCUACGCCAAGGAGUCCAGCAGCGAGCAGUAUGUGCCUGACGUGUUCUAUAAG